UCGCCCCGUGUCCUCCCUCUUCUUAUCGCACGAGAGUUUAUUUUUUUGUUCCUGACGACGACGAUUGCGAGAGCUCCAGCUGUUGCUGCGAGAAGGUUAUCGACGUUCACCCGCACACGCAGCACCGAAAGGACAAGCCCUAGGAUGCAGGCCAACUUGCUCAAUCUGAUGGCCGUGUCCAUGAAGCCAUUAUGCAUGAAAAGAGCUGUGAAUCCAGUACUGACAGCUGUCCACCAGAGGAGAUAUGCCAGUACACUGGAUGCCGACAUUGUUGUCAUUGGUUCUGGACCUGGGGGUUACGUAGCUGCAAUAAAAGCUGCCCAGUUGGGAAUGAAAACAGUAUCCAUUGAAAAAGAUCCAACACUUGGUGGAACUUGUUUGAAUGUGGGCUGUAUUCCAUCCAAGUCCUUACUCAAUAACUCUCACUAUUAUCACAUGGCACACAGUGGUGACUUAGCCAACAGAGGAGUUGAUGUCUCUGGUGUGUCACUCAAUUUACCCAAACUUAUGGAACAAAAGUCUGGUGUUGUCAAAGCCUUAACCAGUGGAAUAGCUGGUCUAUUCAAAAAAAACAAAAUCGAACUCGUUAAGGGCCAUGGUAAAAUAACUGGACCCAACCAGGUGACUGCUCUCGGUCCAGAUGGUUCAACUGUAGCCACAGUUAACACCAAAAACAUCCUCAUUGCAACUGGCAGUGAAGUUGCUCCAUUCUCAGGAAUAGAGAUCGAUGAGAAACAAAUUGUGUCGUCCACUGGCGCUCUUUCUCUCCAACAGGUUCCUAAGAAAAUGAUUGUCAUUGGUGCUGGAGUCAUUGGUCUGGAGCUAGGCUCUGUAUGGCAGAGGCUUGGAGCUGAUGUAACUGCUGUAGAAUUCAUGCCUAGCAUUGGUGGAGUUGGCAUUGACGGAGAACUGAGCAAAGAACUUCAAAAGAUAUUGUCAAAACAGGGACUUAAAUUUAAACUAGGAACAAAAGUGACAGCAGCAGCAAAGACGAAUGGAGACAUACAAGUAGCUCUAGAAGACGCCAAAGAUCCAAGCAAAAAAGAAAACGUCUCGUGUGACGUGCUGCUUGUGUGCAUAGGCAGAAGGCCGUACACCGCGAACCUUGGUUUGGAGGAUAUCGGUAUUGAGAGGGAUGAGAAAGGAAGGAUACCUGUUAACAGUAGAUUCCAAACUGUUAUUCCCAACAUUUACGCUAUUGGUGAUUGCAUUCACGGACCAAUGUUGGCACACAAAGCUGAGGAUGAAGGAAUCAUUACAGUUGAAGGCAUUGCUGGAGGUGCUGUACAUAUCGAUUACAACUGUGUACCAAGUGUCAUUUACACUCAUCCAGAGGUCGGCUGGGUAGGAAAAUCAGAGGAAGAUCUCAAGAAGGAAGGAAUCGAUUACAAAGUCGGGAAAUUCCCGUUCAUGGCAAACUCGCGAGCAAAGACAAAUCUCGAAACGGACGGAUUCGUCAAGUGUUUGGCUGACAAAAACACUGACAAAAUUCUCGGCGUCCACAUGAUCGGACCGGCUGCCGGUGAGCUCAUCAACGAGUCUGUUCUUGCCAUGGAGUACGGCGCGAGCGCUGAGGACGUCGCUAGGGUUUGCCAUGCCCAUCCGACCUGUGCAGAAGCUCUAAGGGAGGCACACUUGUCAGCAUACUGUGGCAAGCCGAUCAAUUUCUAAAAAGUCAUGGGAGCUCAACACAAGGUGAUUAUAAUGUGUACGCUCGUUGCGCAAGUCUCGGCAAGCACCUGUCAUGUAGCACCGAAUCUAGUCUGCAUUGUGAGACGCUUAUCUCCGAAGGUAAACACUCAAAAAAAAAUUCACCGAGCAAAGCGCGAUCGACCGUUUUAAAAAUCGCUGCCUGAUCGUCACUGCUGAUAUAUUUACCAUACGAACGAGACAACUUAAAGAUUAGACUACUUAAAGUACACAGAAACUGUAAAUAAAAAUUUUUAAUCGAUCCAAGUGAGGGACGCGAGUUUCGAGUGUCCUUAUCCUUUUAUUAGGUUUAUCAUUGUCCUCUUGUGUAAGCCUAGUAUUAAUUCGACUGUGAAAAACUGUUGGACGUUCUCACCUUGACGGCGAGUGGGUUCGACAUAAGUUUCUACAAUGGACCUCUUGUUGACUCAGGGAGAGUGUAAUUUUAUAAAUAAUAAGCAAAUUGAACGAUCAUUACUCUGUUUGAAGCGCAUUUUGUUUUGUUUCACUCAAGCAUUGGUCCUCAAGUAAUUUUGUUGAAAUACAACAGUACUGAUUUGACUUGAAAGAAA